AUGCGCGAACUCGACAGUAAGGCACCAGCAGUAGCAGAGGCAUUCAAGCAGGGUUUGUUCACCGUCACAAAAACCCGUCGAAGAUUUUCUUGUAUAGCUAUUGAUCAGGCCCACGAGCAGAACAAUGCUAUGGUCAAGGAUGACGGAGGGGCUGUGGGUCUGACAGAGAAUGCCAGCGCACUUCGCAGGUGGAUGCUAUCCGGUCCUGAGAUGGCACGGCUAGUCAACGAGUUCGAGGCAUGCAUGGCACCUGAAGUUAGACCUGAAACAAACAACCAUCAUGAAGCUGAGAGGGGUUAUCAAGCAGCGUACCACAAAGAUGUCAGGUCACUCGUGGAUGUACUUGACGACCUUGGGAACCCUUUUGAAAAAGAGGGCAAAGACCUGAUCGUGUUAGAUACAAAGGUGGUGGCAGACGAAGGAGGGGUAUCAAGAAUGCAGCAAAUAGAGGAUCUUGGCGUAAAGCAGUGUGACACGUUCAUUUCAGAGCGCCUAAUACAGCGGACGAAGCCUCUCGAUGACCCUAUUAGUAGAAACAAGCUCUCCUUCUUUGAAACUCCUUCCAAGAAGAAAAUUUCAAAGGCUCAACAGCAGCUUUCCUCUAUGAAAAGCGACUGUUUAUUGCAUGCCAGAGCAGAAAUGGUAACUUGGAUGAAUUUUUUAAACAUGAAAAUCAAGCAUGCCCCCCAUCGAUAUCUGAUCAAGGAAAUUUGCGCCUCCCUCGACAAAAGUCUGAGUUAGCCUCUUGUCUUCAAGCUCUAACUACUCCCAAGAAUGCAGCCCCAGCCAAUUGUGAAGUCAUUAUUAUGGACGGAGCAGCACUGGUAAACAUGCUUAAGCCCACGGGGAAAGAGAAAACAUUUUCCGAAUAUGCCUCAAAUAAGUUUAUUCCUUAUGUCACCGCUCAGCUUCAACAUGUGAAACGCAUUGAUAUUGUCUGGGACGAAUACGUGGAGAACAGCUUGAAAGCAACAACUCGGAGCAAACGUGGAUCAGGAGUACGACAACUAGUCGCAGCUAAUAAUAAGCUUCCAAGAAACUGGAAAGAAUUCCUUCGUGAAGAUCGGAACAAGCAGGAGCUCUUUAGAUUCCUUGCGCAAUGCGCUACUUCUGUUAACUCGGGUCAGAGACAGAUCAUCUCUACGUAUGCAAGAGGCGUACUGACGAGCCUUCCACGAGAUGACACCUCCAGCCUGGCACCAUCCUCACAUGAAGAAGCCGACACAAGAAUGUUUAUCCAUGCUGCUGAUGCUAUCCAAUCCGGCUUCACCAAGAUCAUUGUUCGUAGUGUUGAUACUGAUGUCUUAGUACUGGCCGUGGCUCUGGUACAGAAGUUACAGGCGCUUGCUUCAGAGAGCAUCCAACUCUGGGUGGCAUUUGGUACUGGGGAACAUCUUCGCUACCUUGCAGCCCACGAGAUUGCCAACAAAUUUAAUAACACCGCUGCACUUGCCCUACCUGCAUUCCACGCAUUCACGGGAUGCGAUACGGUGUCUUGUUUCUAUGGGAAAAGCAAGAAGACUGCGCUGGAGGCCUGGAAGAGUUUUCCAGAAGUCACACCUGUGUUUAUCGCCUUGUCCAGAGCUCAAACAGAAAUAGCCGAAGAGUGGAUGUCAACCCUUGAACGCUUCGUUGUCUUACUUUAUGAUAGAACAAGCAGUUCUUCAUCUGUAAACGAAGCCAGAAAGCAGUUGUUUACCCGUAAGGCUCGAAAUUUCGACGCCCUUCCUCCGACGCGAGAUUCAUUACUAGAACAUGUCAAGCGUACUGCAUACCAGGCUGGCCACAUCUGGGGACAAGCCCUCGUGCCAAACCCACCUAUUCCUAGCCCACAAGAUUGGGGAUGGAUAUUGGAAAGUGGCGAGUGGCGGCCUUUCUGGACAACACUGUCAGAAAUAACAAAGUCAUGCCAAGAGCUAGUAAAGUGCGGCUGUAAGAAGGGUUGUAGAGGAGGCUGUGGUUGUCAGAAG